AGAAAAGUUACAAGCCAUCAGGCCUCAUGGUUUAACCCGAGCUUUGACCCUGUCUAAGGUAGUGACCUCGUGGGAUCCCUGAGUUUGGCCACCUUGCGUCCUGAUUUGCACGGAGGGGCUGCAGUCAGAGUAGAGUCACAUGGGCAGUUCACAUCCUUUGCCGAAGUGAAAAGCUCUGGAAAUGCUGACUGCAACUCUCUUCCAGGGUUUAGUAGUUUCUGGCAAUCUCUGUUCGUACACUAGUUUUUUUCUUUCCCUCCCUUUCUGCCAGGAAGCUAGUUGGCUACAGGGCCAAACAAGACAUAGCUGAAAUUACACAAACUCUUCUGGGCCAAGGAAAUGGGAAACAACACAGUCCUGUUGCCUGGUCCCUCUGGUUUCCCUUUCUCUUUCCAUUGAGAAUGUAACUUUUCUCCCCCUGCUUCAGCUGUAUUCACAGUACAGGCAUCAAAAUGUGCUGGAAACCUCCCAGCCCAGAUCUGGAUGUGUCUCCUGACUCCUGGGAUUCUCUCUCACUGGCAGUCUUGCUUGGCACAGGUAUAUCCAGACUGCUUGUCUCAGAAUAUUAACAGGGUGGAAGCAGGGUGGGGUUGGCAAGGGUGCCAAGAAGACUGGCCCAGCUAGAGGAUGCAGGAGUGAGUGUUGCCCUGCAGGAAAGGGAGGCUCUCCAGCAGGGCCUGCUGGGCUACAUGGGAGGAGCAGAGAUGUGGGGUGGAGAUAGGAAGUGGGCAGGAGACUUUCUGGAGAUCAGAAGCAAGGCUCUAAAAGAUUCUUUGGAUCCAAAAAAAAAAAAAAGACAAAACAGGAGGGGAGCUCUGGUAUCUGCUUCCUAAGCCACUGCACACUGUGGAAAGGAGCAAGGCCAAGGAGGAGGCAGGAGAGUGCGUGGGAAGCCACAGCAUCUCGACAGCCUUUCUAGUCAGAGAUAUUGGAUGGGAUCGAGGAGAUGGUAACUCCUGGCUUCUGCCUUUUUUUAUUGCCUGUGUUUUGUGGUGUUUUCAGCCAACUCCUGUGUGCUACUGGAGAGAGGUUGAGUUCUGCCUCUCUGGGACAUUUGCCACGAGGGCAUUAAGAGCUGCCCAGACAUGCAGCCAUCAUUGUCAGCCUCCUAUAAACCUGGGCUGCAUGCCUGGUGUUGGAAGAGAAGCUCACAGGAGUGCUUGUUCCUGGCCUGCCCAACAACUGCCCAUACUCCGUGUCUUCAUUUUUCCUUGCGCUAAGCAGAGAAGAGCCUGGUAGCUCCUGUUUCAGCUAAGACGAGCAGGUCGUUAGCCUCCGCUGCUUUGGUGAUGAGGGAGGAGGACUGAAAAUGGAAGGGCAGCCUGGUCAGCUUAGUAAGAGCCUGUCUCAAAAUAAAAGUUUGCCAAAAUAAAUAAAAGAACUUAGAGCAUAGUGGGGCACACGUCUAACCCCAGUCCUCGGGAGGCAGAGGCAGGUUGAUUCUGUGGAGCUGAGGUCUACGUGGUCUACAGAGUGAGGUCCAGGCCAGGUGCCUCCUGUCCAUUUUUUUUUUUUUUUCGGAGCGGGGGACCAAACCUAGGGCCUUGCGCUUGCCACUGAGCGAAAUCCCCAACCUCUCCUGUCCAUUUUCUUUGUGUCUCUGGAUCUCUGUCUGAGUCUUUCUUGGGAGUCCCAUCAUAUAGCUCAGGCCAGCCUCAAAGUCACCAUCCCCCUGCUCUGCUGGCCAAGUGCUGGGACCACAGGUAUACCCCACCAUGCCUAGCCUCGUCCCCAUUUUAAAUCACUGUUCACCGUGAACUGUUCCAUGAAACAUUUCCCCUUUGGGAGGAUGUUCUGCUUGACACCAUACCUUAAUGGAGGAAGAUAAUGCCCACUGGGAUAGAAAAGCAAUGCUCCCUCUCUAGCCAGCUCCUGGUUCUGGGUGGCUGUUUUUGUGGGGCCUGUGUAAUCCCCCGAGUUCUCUCAUUCCUCAGAGCCAAGCUGCUGAGCUAAGGCAUAAGUCUGUUCAGGCUAUGACUCAACAACAGAUGUUAGCCUAGGGCCCUUGGCCUCUUUUCCAGGCUUUGAUUUAGAGCUCUGGCUUUGCAAAGAGCAAUUGUUUCCUCUAGUCUGUCCCAAUUAUAAGACCGUGGCCUUGAAACUCAUAAGUUGGAGACCUACAUAUACCCCCUUUCCCAAGGAAAAUGCUUAUCCAGGCUGAGAAUGAAAGAGAUGGUUCUUAAAGGUAAGUACUUUCUGGCUUGCUGAGACCGAUUCAGGACUCUUAAAUGUGUGUGGCCUUUUUGCUAAAAUCUCUUUCCCUGGAGCCCCGUGGGAGAAGGGAUUGAGGGUAGAUGGCAGGACAAUUAAUUUCCCGACAGGGUGUUGGUCACCAAGUCUUAAACCACAGGGACCUCAGCAUGCUGAAGGGAAGGAAAUGUUUAGUCUCUGAGUUGAGUGAGCUUUUGCACAGUCAGCCUUUUCCUCCCUGUUACUGGGGUUCCCGGCCCGGCCUCACCCUUCUCUCUGUCCUGUAACUUUCAGUGUGGUUUUGUGUUUUAACGGACAUGCUGUGUAAAAUAUAUACUACUUGGUGGGAAGUUUUGCAAAACAUUAGUCAAUAAAAAAAAUGAACUUUUCAGGGCUGGAGAGACGGCUGAGCGUUAAAGAGCACUCUCUGCUUUCGCAGAGGUCCUGAGUUCAAUUCCCAGCAACCACAUGGUGGCUCACAACCAUCUGUAAUGAGAUCUGGUGCCCUGUUCUGCACCUGGUAUCGGUACAUGCAGAUAGAGCAUAUAUAUAUAAAUCUUUUUUAGAAAUGGACUCCUCUCCUUGGGUGUUUAAUCUCAGGGACAGGAUCCUUGUAACCUGCUUCAUUCCACUCCCUAUACAAUCUCUCCCUCCCUCCAGUCCUUUCUGUUUUGCUUUUGAGUGAGACAGUCUCUCACUCUGUAACCCGGGCUAACCCUGAGCUCUUGAUUCUCCUGGCUCAGGUUCCUAUGUGCUGAGACAACGGUGCGAGCUGUUGCAGUUUCUCUGCUUUGUCUUAGAACUAUAACUCUUCAGACCAGACAGCAUCUUUGACUCCUCUUUCCUUUUUUUUUUUUUAAACCUAAUUAUAUCUGGUUUGUUGACUUGUCAGUUUCCUCUCUUGAAAUAGCUCAUGUGUGGCCUGUAUCAUGGUCACAGCCCGCUCUCAGCCUGUCUCCUUAAGCUUGAAAUCACACUGAAGCUCUAUCUUGCUGCCCUGCACCUCUAGUAGCCACCACAGAUUUCUUUGAAUCUUGUCUAAAAAUACUAAGUUCUUGCCUAAGACAGGUGACAGCUUCCUGUAAUUCCAGCCCAAGGGGAUCCAGUGCCUCUGGUCUCUGUGUACACAAAGCCAUAUGCAUAAUUAAAAAUAAUAAAAAUAAGUCUUUUAAGAGAAGAAAAGUACACAGAUUGUUAUUGUUAGGAAAUAGGAAAAAGAAGCAAAGGAAGAAAUGAAAAAAAUGAAUAAAAAACCACCCCUAGGGGCUGGAGAGAUGGCUCAAUGGUUAAGAGCACUGCGAGUUCUGAGUUCAAUUCCCAGCAACCACAUGGUGGCUCACAACCAUCUGAAAUGCGAUCUGGUGCCUUCUUCUGCUGGUGUGUCUGAAGAUAGCUACAUCGUGUGUGUGUGUGUGUGUGUGUGUGUGUGUGUGUGUGUAGGAAUAUAAUAAAUAUUUUUUAUUUUUAUUUUUUUUUUAAAAAUUUUUUUUGAGACAUAGUCUUACUAUCUAGCCAGACCAACCUCUCAAACUCACAAGUCUUUCUGCAGCAGUGUUCUAAAGAUUUAUUUAUUUAUUAUAUAUAAGUACACUGUAGCUGUCUUCAGAUACACCAGAAGAGGGCAUCGGAUCUCUUUACAGAUGGUUGUGAGCCACCACGUGGUUGCUGGGAAUUGAACUCAUGACCUCUGGAAGAGCAGUCGGGUGCUCUUAACCACUGAGCCAUCUCUCCAGCCCAUAAAUAUUUUUUAAAACUCACCCUGUUAUUUGUACAGUGUUCAGCCAAGCUCUCCCACAGGACAGGGCUGUCUUCUUCCAGAAUUCUGCUGGGUUGCUGGGGACUGUGAACGGGUGGAUGACAAUGAACACACUGAGACAGUGGAAGGGAUGUGAUACUAGAACUGGGCCUGGAAGCCAUGAGGCUGGGAGAAACGACAGGAAGAAAGUGUGCAGCGGAAAUCCGUGAGCAUAUUUGGAGGACAGGAAGAGCAGCUGCAGGCAUUUUGGGGAAAUGGUGGAAGAGACCAGUAAGGCAGGCCCUCUCUGGGACUCCUAAUCUUUGUUUUUGAGACAGGGCCUCACUACAUAGACCAGGCUGGCCUUAAACUCAGAGAUCCACUUGUUUUUGUCUCCAAAAUGCUGGGACUAAAGGCAUGGGCCACCACUGUGGCUUACAUAAUACUCUAUCAGCUAAAAGUAUGUUCUGCUUGUUGUUGUUGUUGUUGUUGUUGUUGUUGUUGUUGUUGUUGUGACAGUCUUGCUACAUAGCUCUUGCUGUCCUGGAACACACUCUGUAGACCAGGCUGACCUCCAACUCAGAGAGAUCUAUCUGCCUGCCUCUGCCUCUCCAGUGCUGGGGUUAAAGGCACGCACCAGGAGCCUUCUGCCAGCCGCCGCGUCUCCCUGCCCUCGCUGCCCCUCCAUGUGCCCAGGCGCCGCCGCUCCGCCUCGGGCCGCUGCUCACCCUGGGGUCUAUGGAAGUGAUGGAAGGACCCCUCAACCUUGCUCACCAACAGAGCCGACGGGCAGACCGUUUGUUAGCUGCUGGGAAAUACGAAGAAGCGAUUUCUUGUCACAAAAAGGCGACAGCCUAUCUCUCUGAAGCCAUGAAGCUGACACAGUCUGAGCAGGCUCACUUAUCACUGGAACUGCAAAGGGAUAGCCACAUGAAGCAGCUUCUCCUCAUCCAGGAGAGGUGGAAGAGAGCGAAGCGAGAGGAGCGGUUGAAAGCGCAGCAGAGGACAGACCGGGAUGGAGUCCCCCACCUGCAGGCAUCUCACAGACCCUCUGAGGACUCGGAAGGCCAGAGCCCUCUUCUUUCUCAGACAUACAUCCCUUCCACAGAGAAGCACCUCCCUGAGGUGCAGGGGGUCUUUGACAGGGAUCCAGACACGUUGCUAUUUUUACUUCAGCAAAAGAAUGAGCCGUCAGAGCCCUGUAUUGGAAGCAAGGCCCCAAAAGAUGAUAAGACGAUUAUAGAGGAGCAGGCAACCAAGAUUGCAGAGUUGAAGAGGCACGUGGAGUUCCUUGUGGCGGAGAACGAAAGACUAAGGAAAGAAAAUAAACAGCUAAAGGCUGAAAAGGCCAGGCUCCUGAAGGGCCCAGCCGAGAAGGAGCUGGACGUCGAUGCGGACUUUGUGGAGAAGUCGGAGCUGUGGGGCUUGCCGCCACACUCGGACACCGCCACUGCCUCUUCUACCUGGCAGAAGUUUGCAGCUAACACGGGGAAAGCCAAGGACAUUCCAAUACCCAACCUCCCGCCUCUGGAUUUCCCGUCUCCAGAACUCCCUCUGAUGGAGCUCUCGGAGGACAUUCUGAAAGGAUUCAUGAAUGACUGAAUGGAAGGCUGGCCACACAGCUGAUCCAGCAGAAAAUACAAAGGGAAAGCCAGGCCCCGGGGGAGGCCAGCCAUGCUGGAGAUGCUCCUUCCUCUGGAGUGUUGUGGGAGAGGUGGCGGUGCCAGGACCUGGGAAAGUCACUGUGAAACAUCACUUAUCUUCUUCAUGACUAAAGCUCAUGAUUCCGACUUGGCAGACACUGAACUCUUGGAGGUCGCUUUCUUAUGAUACAAACCAAAUGGCUACCUGGAAUAAUUUUUCAAACACUUAUUUUUCUUAUCUUCAGGGUUAAAUGUAUAAAAGUAUGUCAUGUGUAAUUAAUCUAUAAUGCCAUAAAUGAUAAUGCAAAAGCUAACUAUGGUGGCCUGAGAGGCUCACUUGUAUUUGGAACAUGCUUUCUAUCAUGCAUUGACUGUAUGCAUUUCAUGCACAUUUUGUUUGUUUGAGAUAUGGUGUGUAAGAUACACGCUUCCAGACAGAACUGUACGUGCCACAGUUUGCACUACUCGUAACAUAAUGAUAACCUCAAGACUAUCAGGAGAAAUAUUUAAAUUUCCAGUUUAUGAAGAAAGGAACCAAAUUAUUAGUUACGCUUUAAAAAAAAUUACCAGUUUACAUAAUUAAUCAGGGUGCAUUUUCAGUUCUAACUUUGUGUUAUCUGAUGCAUCAUUUGAAAAUACUGAGGAACUCUUCCUUCGUUCUGAAUGAUGCAUGUGUGAAAGUAAUGCUAGUUAGCAGUAUUUGAUUGUAAGAAAUCAAUAAAAUAAUUGUGUUUAAAAAAAAAAAAAGGCACACACCACCAUGCCUGAUUACAAAUAAGAAUUGAAUGAACUGAUAGGUCAAAGGGAGGGGCUGUUCGGUUGAAAGAGACAAUGCCUGCAAAUGUGCCAGUGGGACUAUGGAGAGGGCAUGGGGACCACAGUCUGACUGAAAGAGAAAAGCAAAGCAAAGCACCGGGAAAACGAGGAAACCGAAGACAGGGCCCUGAGGGGCCAGUACACGCCAACUUUGUCAGCAUGGCAACAUUCAAGUGUUUACUUCAGCCUCUUUAGAAACUUUUUCCCUUGUCAGAACUGUAGUAAAGAUUCUGUGUCCUCCUCUACCGUCCCCCCAUGCAGUACACUCCUCACAACGGGCGUUCGUCUGGCACGCACGCUGUUGCCGUACAGCGCAUCCUCCUCUACCUUACUGUUGAACACGGUACUUCCCAUUGUGUGCUACUGUGAUUGGCACAUAACAAACUUGUGCUGAGAGACGUACAAAGAAACGGAGUCUUUGGUGAGCCCCUCAGCUGUUGUCACAGAGUUUGUGACCCCUGGGGGAAAGACCAUAGAUUUGAUUCUAUUGUAAUUAAGAGAUUUGUUGAUAAGCCUCUAGCAGGACGAACAGUGUUUGAGCCGAAUUUGAGACUGCCGUCUAGGAGGGGUAUAGGGAACGACCUUUAAAAGGGAAUCUGUUCUCUCAACUCAAAACAAUGUUUGGGUAUCUGUGUAAGCAAGUUACAGGUACAAAGGCAGCUAGUCCUGUAACAAGUAGAUAGUCCUGGCUGUCCAUCUUUGGUGGGGGUCACUGAGUCAGCGUUACAGGGUACUUAUCCUCCAGAGACUGGAGUCAGAGACCAACAGGUACUGAAGAUGGGUACCUGGCAUAAAAUGGAAAUUCUUCAGUCCUAAUGUUGCCUGAUGAAGGUCACUGAGCCUCAAGCAUCUCUGUCUGAGCCAGUGAGGCACCCUUCAUCUACCAGGCCAAUUGUAGUGGCAUCGUCUCUGAAUUGUCUCCUACCUGCCCCACCUAACACAAGACCCCCAGGGGCAAGACCACACUUGCCUUCAGCUACAGCUUCUUCCAAAAAUCCUCAAAAGCAUGGCGCUCCAUAAAGUGGGAGGAGCUUAAUAAAUAUGUGCAGGAAAAAAAGGCUGUGACCUCUGAUCAUUGACUCAGUAGGACCUUAGUGUUUCUAUCAGCUUGUUUGUGUUUACUGAUUGAAUAUCUCUGUCUUUUUAACUUCAUUACUUAAAAAUAAUUUUAAAAUUCAGUUUAUAGUUUGGGGCUAGCAUGUUUUCCUUUGUGAUCUUUUUUUUUUUCCCCCUGGAGCUGGGGACCGAACCCAGGGCCUUGCGCUUGCUAGGCAAGCGCUCUACCACUGAGCUAAAUUCCCCAACCCCUUCCUUUGUGAUCUUGAUAAAAAUUUUAAACCAUUUUAUGUGUUUGCAUGUUUUGCCUGCAUACAUGUCUGUGCACCAUGUAUGUGCCUAGUACCCACAGAGACAAGAAAGGUGUUACAGGACUGGAGUUACAGACAUUGUGAGCUGCCAUGUAGGUGCUGGGAAUUGGACUCUGGUCCUCUGGAAGAGGAGCCAGUGCUCUUAACUGCUGAGCCCUCUCCUCAGCUCUCUUUGUGACCUUUUAUAUAAACAUUCUAAUGUUACCUUCAAGUUUUGAUAUGUAACUGUACUUCCUUUUAGCUUUUCUAUAGUUAAUUAUAACGAUUAAUUAACUUACCUAGAGUUUGUUUAGGAGUACAGUUAAGCUAGGUCCUGUGUGUACAUAAUACACACAGACAUCUAAACAGUAAUUCUGUGUACUGUGUACAUAAGAAUUGUAUACAAUCAUGGGACUUCAUACAAUAUUUCAACAUAUACAUACAAUGGAUAUUUUUCCCCAAAAUUUUAACCAACUGUUCAAAUGCUGUUUUUCCCAUUAAGCUGCAGUGUUUAUUUAAAAUUGGGUCUAUUUAUGUCUAGCUAGUGUGUUAAAUUGAUGUGCAAGCUGCAUGAUGUCUACUUGUCCAGCUUAUCUCUCCACCAGUAAAGCUCUGUCCGAGGGUUUUGUGUGCCUUCCUUUGCACUUUGUGUGGUGGUCAAACCACUUGAGGCAAAGGCUCUACAAAAUGAGGUGUGUCCCAGUGUCUUUAAGGUUUUCUGUUUUUUUUUCUUUCCAGGUGAAAUUUUAAAUAAUUAUAUCCAACUCUAAAAGGAUUAUAUUGAAUUAAAGUAUAAUUUAUCGUAAUUACCAAAACAAGUAAAUAAUAAAUAUUCAAUAGCUCUA